AUGCUGGAUGUGUUCGCGCGUGAUCUUCCCAAAGAACGACUUCCUAUUGACUACAUCCAGACUCUCAAUAAUAACGACAGAGUGGAUGCAUUACAAGCUUGCUUAAUUGUGUAUGUGCUCACAGUGACGACCAUCGCUCCACGUCAGUUUCAGCUCGAAUCAGCUCUUGCAACUUUAAAUGGUCGAGAUAGCUUGAUAACUGCAGGCACAGGCAGUGGUAAGACUAUGUGCAUCAUCAUUCCUAUUCUACUCCAUCCUGGCACCAUGAGCAUGACUGUCUCACCUCUCAAAUGCCUCCAGACCACCCAGGUCCGUGAGUCUAUGAAGUAUGGCAUUGCUACACUAUCUAUCAAUGAGGAUACCCUGAAUGAUUCAUUUCUUUGGGAGCGCGUGCAUAUCGACGAAGCCCACAAUAUUCAUACUGCAGGGCUGCCACAUCAUGGUGAAGAAGCAUUUAGACCUGCAUACAGCAAGCUUGGAGAACUACAUGUGCUACUUUGCAAGGGAACAACAUUCCAAGCACUCUCAGCAACACUCCCCCCUCAUAUUCUCUCAACUGUAUGGCAUGAGCUGAUGAUAUCACCAGAUCAUGUAUCACUAGCACUGUCUACAAAUCGGCUGAACAUUACUUAUGCAACAACUCCUGUUGUUGGCAGCCUUCAUAACUUUCACAACUUCGAUUGCCUCAUUCCAGAAAACUAUGCCCCGCCCAUGAUGAUUCCGAAGACAUUGAUAUUCCACGACAACAAGCAAGAAGCUGCUGCAGCUGCAGCUUACAAUGACUUGCGCCUUCCAAAAGCAUUGCAAAAUCAAGGAAUCGUAAAACACUACCACAGUGACAUGUCUACAGAAUACCUCCAACAGAUGUACAAUGACUUUGCAUCAACCACAGGAACAUGCCGCAUCAUCCAUGCUACAGCUGGUGCAUCAACAGGUCUUGAUAUCCAAGGUGUAAUGAUUGUGAUACAGUACGGAAUCCCAAAGAGCAUGUCUGAAGCUGCACAGCGAGGUGGUUGUGCUGUGCGAGAUGGACACUUGUGUGGCCUUUAUCUCAUUAUGGUUGAGACAUGGGCUCUAGAGGUUGAAUUGACAGAUGAGCAUGAUGAUAACUGUGAUCCAGACAAGCCAUAUGCAGCAAUUCUCAAGAAGAACUCAUCAAAGAAGGACCGAACUGGUUGUGCUGCACUUUGUUAUGCACAGUCAACAAUCUGCCUUAGAGAGUUUUUGCAAAGUAUCUUGAUGAUCAAACACCUACAGCUUCUGGAGGAGACGGAGGAAUGGGGAAAAGAUUGUGGGCAGCAGAUACUCAAAGUGAUUGCGCAGUUUGAUGAGGAAAAUGUGGUGACAGGUUCACACUCCCACCUAGCCAAAAAAACUCACACCAGUGUAACUGCAUAA